AUGGCAACUCCUAUUGUACCCCAAGCAUCUUUCGACUCCGUUACCGGUGCCCUCUCCUUGACUCCCUCUUCUCGGCGAUCCAUCUUGGUGCAUGAUGGCAAACGGUCGCGGCACCAAGGCACCGCUCAGUCCAUCCAUUUUGCUCCAAGAGAGGAAACAUUCCUUGUUCCAGAGCCUUCUCAGGACGAGCUUCCUGAUUUUGACGACGAAGAAGAAAAAGAAAGAGCUCUGAAGGCUGCCAAAGAGCUAGCAGAGGCAGUUCUCUUAGAAGAGGACAAGAGGGGGAGAGAGCAGGUACAAGGGGCAUCAGACCUAGGCCCUCUGCACAUUAGCCCUUUGUGCGUGCCUCUGGUGGCUGCGCCUAUAGCAGUAGCCAGCGGUGAGGCUGAGAGUGAAUUUAGUUCUUUGCCCGUGGACACGACAGAAACAGCAGAAAUGGGACCGUCGUCUGAUACAGAAGGGGAAGAGGUUAGGGUCCCAGAAGAAUUAAUCGGACGGCUGAGCAGCAGACAAUUGAACAGCAUGAUUGAGAGGAAGAUAAGCAGAGAGCUCUCCUUGGAGCCUUCCAUAUCUAGAGAACAUUCGUUCCGGGUGGAUAAGGCAAUAUUGUCUUUCAGCACUUUCUUAAUUGCAAAGUCACUUUCAAAACGGUCGGGAGAUCCGAAAGAGCCUGUUCCUCUGACCGAGUUCUUGCCCCCGUCACCACUCGUAACCUUUGAUGGAAAACUGGGAGUAGAGUGCAUGGCUUUUAAGCUAGACUUUACAGACAGGCUAAACAACAUCGUGCCUCCCUUCUUCUUGAGAGAUGGUGAAAAGAUGGACGAAAGAGCACAAGAAAUUCUUAAACGUGGGAUAUCUGCUGCCAAGGAGAUUGAUCUGUUCGGCCCAGAGGACUUGGAGUUCCUCAACCACGAGCCCAGCGCAGCGCAUAAAGACCUUCUCGAGAGUUGCUAA